CCUAAUUUGGGAGCGCAAUUUCUCUCACUUUGUGUUUCCUGUCUCCCAUCUUUUCCCGGCUAUUUGCGUUAUCUUGCAUCACUGUCCAUCAAACCCUAAUUUCCCAAAUCACAUUCUCUUCAUAUUCCUCCCUGCCCUUUUUUCUGCCCCUCAUGCUAAAUCCACUUCAAUCCCCAACAACACAUUAUUAUCUCUCUGAAUGAUCCAUUUGGUCCAUAUCCCACUUGUUCUUUUCCCCAAUCUUUUCUCUUGAUAAAAUAAUAUUCCCUUUUCCUUCUGUCAUAUUCAAUUCUUUCGUUGGGGUUGUGUUUUUUUUUGUGAUUCCCUUCAAUCCAAUUGGAAAAAUUUGAGAACUUGGGUAUUUGCAGAUUGAUGGGGUUGUUCUUUUGAGUCUUUAUUCUUUCUUGUAGGGUUUCUUUGUGUUUUUCUACCCGUUUCUGCUUAGGUUAUGUGCAGUGAAGAUAACAAGAAAAUGGCUUUUGAUUCUUCUAGGGGAUCAAGCUUUUCGGUUCCGCAGGAGAAGAGUUCGUGCCCGUCAAUUGGGUCAGUUUUGGAUGGCUAUUUGAUCAAGAAUUGUGGUCUUUUUGGCAAUUCUUGCAGCUUGUGUAGUUUCAAUGGGAACUUGGAAGGAAACCCAUGUUUCGAAAUGAUCAAUGCUGUGUUGAGUGACUUUGAUGAUCCGGAGGAAGUGGCAGUUGAUGAUGAUGUUCUUGAUCUCUUGCCUAUUGAUCCUUUUGGGAUGAAAAUAGAUUCUACCUUCACGGCAAUCUCGGAUUGGAUUGAUGAUUUUGAAUAUGGUUUCCUGCCAGAGGAUGAUGUGUCUGGGGUUGAUGAAACCCAUCAAAAUGUUGGUGAUCAUCUUCACAUUUGGGGUCUGAGUUGGAGUUGGAAUGGCACUGAGAAUGAGAUGUUAGUUUCAGAUGAUGUUUUCAAUGGAUAUCAAAAUUUUGAUGGAAUGUAUGAUGGUAGUGUUAGUGAUAGGGACGAUAGGAUUUCAAGCAGUGAAGCAGAGAAAUCCGAAAACUGCACCAAGAUUGAAUGUGAUGCCCAAGGAGGUGUUCCACAUGAUGCUUUGUUUUUUGUGUUGGGGUAUCUAGGUGUUCGGGACCUUCUUACAGUUGAACAGGUUUGUAGAUCUAUGCGUGAUGCUGUUAGAGGUGAUCCUUUGUUAUGGAGAACUGUGCACAUUGAUCACCCAUUAAACAGGAGGAUUACAGAUGAUACACUGGUGAAGUUAACUAGCAGGGCUCAAGGUACUCUUCAGUCCCUGAACCUAGUGAACUGCAUAUGGAUCACUGACAGUGGUCUGGGGCGUGUUCUACAAAGCAACCCAAGAUUGGUGAAGCUAUAUGUGCCAGAUUGUGUUAAACUCUCGAUCGAAGGCAUCUUAUUCAAUCUAAGGGCUCUAAAGUCAUCUGGAAAACCUGGUAUAAAGCACUUACGAAUUGGUGGGCUUCUUGGUGUUUUCCGUGUGACAGAUCAGCAGUUUGAAGAGUUGAAGGAGUUACUGGAUGCAAGCAAGUAUUUGCAAGAGAGAGAUCACAAGCCACAAGUCUACUAUGGAGAUUAUUCACAUAUUAUACGUGAAGAUGGCCGUGCAAUUGACAUAGAGGCGUGUCCAAUAUGCAAGAGACUGAGACCAGUUUACGACUGCCCUGCUGAGAGUUGCCAACAGAAACAUAAGGCUGCUCAGUUGUGUAGGGGUUGCACAUUAUGCAUAGCACGUUGCAUCAAUUGUGGACAAUGCAUUAAGGACUUCGAUUAUGAAGAGACAUUCUGUUUGGAUUUGCUUUGUUUGAAUUGUUGUAAUAAGUUCCUGCAUCGUCCAGACAACUCAGUGGAAAAGGAAGGUACAAAGUGUACUAUUAUUUGUCUCUAUGGCUAAUGGAGUAUUCCUGCUUUAUAUGAUCUUUUGGGACUUUGGAUCAGAAUCUGCCCAUUUGGCUGCUUGGUUUUUGAUGUACAACAUUGAGCUGAGUGUGCAUUCGGUAGUCAAUGUAUAACAUUGUGAAGGUUUUUGUUGGAAUUACUCAGCACCUGAGCUUCAGUUGCAUAAUGAGCAGCUGAGCUUUUUCUUACUGAUAAGGAAGAAGAAACAGUUAUUUUGAAUUAAGAAAAGAAUAAAUAGAAACAUGUAAAAUCUAAUAGUGUUGAAUGUGCCUUCCUUUUUGGACCAAGAGCUGUUUCAUGAAAUGUUGCCUUCUGCUGUGGAAUUGGUGUCUGAGUUCAUCGAAGUGAAGAAGCAUGGGUAUCUCUUCAUUUUUGAUGUAAUGAUGUGGCAUGUGUAUAAAUUUUUCCCAACUUGGGUGGCUUCAUGAUAUGGUGCCACUGCCUUCUGCAGGCUGCAGUGGAAUUGUGUUCAUUGAGGUGAAGAAUGUGUUUUUCUUGACGGUUGAUGUAGUGGUGAUGCUCUUGUAUAAACUUCUUCUGAAGCAGGGUGACUUCAUGGUGCUUGCGGUGGAUCUUGUAUCUUGAGUUUUGUUGCAGUGAACUGUGAAGAAUAUGUUGCUAUUGAUGUUCAGUGUCUUUUGUUGCUUGUAAUUAAAGUUGGAAAUCAUUUUGAAGAGAAGCCAGAUUUUCAAGCAAUCAAUUCAAGGUUCGGAUAUUUUCUGGAGCUGUUUGAUGGCUGAAGCAAUAAAUUCAACCAUUCUACUUUGGCAAUGCAACUGCUUUGUAAGAUCUGUUUGUAAUCUAUCAAUAAGCAAUUGCCUUGUCUAUUAAUAAUCCCCCCUCCAAGAAAAAAGGGAAGGAAAAUAAAAAAAAAAAUACUUUUUCCUCUCCCUAGAUUCCAUUUAAACUCUCUGGAAGUUGAGACAUUAUCCAUGUUGAUACUUGGUAGAAAAAGGUGAUGUUUGACUCUUUACUUAUAAAGAAAAGGGGAAGAGA